AUGGACGCAUCCCUGCACACGUACACGCGCACCAUGCCGUUCUUUUCUUCCAACAAUCAAUACCCGUGGCUGCAGCGCCAGAGAAAGCAGAGGGUAGCAGCUCGGGAAUUUCAGGAAAUACAUGCGCUCAAAUGCAUUGUUUAUUUACCUCUCUGCUGCACAACUUACCAUGUUAUUGUUUGGCAGUUCACACAACUGAUUCGAAUCCUAGUCUUCUCACGUGCGCGUGCCUACUCAGGGGGGUUCAGCCGUUGGCAUCACCUAUGUGGCCAGGAGGGGCAGUAUGACAAGUUGAGUUUGCGUUUUUGGAGAAGAAGUUUCUACGGAAAAAAAGACGAAAAAAUUGUGCCGAAAAGGAGGGAACGUUUAAACCAGGGGUCAAUUUUGACAAUCCUCGACUUUUUCUAUGUAUUGAGUAGAUCUAUUCAUCCUUCUGCUGUUAAUGCAUUAAAAAUACUGCGCUGGACAAUGAUAUCAGAGGCUUAA